AUGGAAUGUGAGUCUUGUGUUGUGGCUAGUGCAUUCAUUGUAUUCCUCCUCACAACCAACUUAUCUGUCCUACUUGAAACAUUGGUUGCAUCAGCUCCUACACCAAGCACUCCAUCUGACACAGCUCUUGCACAAGUCACUCCACUUGACACUGCUCCUGUAUCAGUCCCUCCAUCUAACACUGCUCCUACACUAGUCACUCCACUUCACACUACUCCUACACUUGCACAAUUUCAUUUCUUUCUUGCACUUUCCCUUUCAACUUCCUGGUUGGCUCUUUUUCUUCUUACAUUAACGCCUACAUCAGCCCUUGCACUUGUUCCAACAGUUGAAGCAGCCCCUGUACCAGCCUUAGCACUUGCCCCUACACCUGUCACAGCACCUGUGGCUAGAUUUAUCAUAGCAACUCUACAACUUCUCUUGUUAUGUCCCCUCACACCAAAUUUUCCACACCUUAAAGAAUUCUAG